CCCUCACUACCAAUAAUGCAGAUUCCUCCAUUGACAAAAGUAUUUCUGGAGAAUAUCUGCUAGAUCUAACCAAAAUCCUUUCUUGUUCUGGGUAUUUUGAGUUUUGAUUUCUCUUGCUUCCGUCCCUUUUCCAUAAGGAUACCAUGGCUUUUGUUGGAGAGGCUAUUCUCUCUUCUUUCUUUGACACCCUGUUCGACAAGUUAUCUUCUGUCCUGAUUGAUUAUGCUCGCCAAGUGCAAGUUCAUGCUGAGCUCAACAAGUGGAAGAAAACACUGAACAAAAUUCAUGCCGUGCUGGAGGAUGCGGAGGAGAAGCAGAUGGAAAAGCAAGUGGUGAAGAUAUGGCUCGACGACCUCAGAGACUUGGCUUAUGAUGUGGAGGACAUCCUGGACGAAUUGGCCACUGAAGCUUUGGGGCGGAAGUUGCUGGCGGAAACUCAACCCAGCACAAGUAAGUUCCGGAGCCUUAUCCCUUCUUGUUGUACUAGUUUCACUCCAAGUGCUAUUAAGUUCAAUGUUGAGAUGAGGUCCAAGAUAGAGAAUAUCACUGAAAGGUUGAAAGAUAUUUAUUCACAGCAAAAUAAUCUCCUUUUAACUGAAAAAGUUACCGGGAAAAGGUCCGCCAAAGCAAGAGAAAUACUACCCACCACUUGUUUGGUAGAUGAAUCGCGUGUUUGUGGUAGGGAAACAGAUAAAGCAGCCAUACUCGACUUGUUGCUCCAUGAUCAUGAGCCAAGUGCUGAUGCAGUUCGCAUAAUUCCCAUAAUUGGCAUGGGAGGCGUGGGCAAAACUACUCUUGCUCAGCUUGCCUACAACGAUGACAAAGUGGAGAGUCAUUUUGAUCUAAGAGUUUGGGCUUGUGUCUCUGAUGAUUUUGAUGUCUUGAGGGUAACCAAGACAAUUCUUCAGUCUGUUGCUCCUGAUAUGUCCGAUGUCAACGAUCUAAACCUGCUUCAAGUCAAACUGAAAGAGAAACUCUCUGGAAAAAAGUUUCUUCUUGUUUUAGACGAUGUUUGGAAUCAGAAUUGUGAUAGAUGGGACCUUUUACACCAGCCAAUAAGAACUGGAGCACGAGGCAGCAGGGUUAUUGUCACCACUCGUAAUCAAGGGGUUGUAUCAGCCAUCGGAGCCAGCUCAGCCUAUCCCCUCAAGGAGUUAUCCAAUGAUGAGUGCUUGUCUUUGUUUGCCCAGCAAGCAUUAGGUACAAGAAACUUCCAUAAUCAUCCACACCUGAGACUUGUUGGUGAAGAAAUAGUGAAAAAGUGCAAAGGGCUACCUUUGGCUGCAAAGGCCUUGGGAGGAAUGUUGCGCACAAAACUGAAUCAUGAUGCAUGGGAGGAUAUACUGAAAAGCAAGAUAUGGGACUUACCAAAAGAGAAUAACAGUAUUCUUCCAGCUCUCAAAUUGAGUUAUCAUCAUCUUCCUUCACAUUUGAAGCGCUGCUUUGCUUAUUGCUCUAUAUUUCCGAAGGACUACGAAUUCGAUGUGGAUGAAUUAGUCUUGCUGUGGAUGGGAGAGGGAUUCUUGCACCAAGUAAAAAGACAGAAGCAAAUGGAGGAGAUAGGCACCGAAUUCUUUCAUGAAUUAUUUGCAAGGUCAUUUUUCCAACAAUCAAAUCAUGGUUCAUCACAAUUCGUAAUGCAUGAUCUUGUUCAUGAUCUUGCUCAAUUCGUUGCUGGAGGUGUAUGUUUUAAUUUGGAGGAAAAAAUUGAAAAUAAUCAGCAACAUACUAUUUCUGAAAGAGCUCGUCAUUCAUGUUUCACCCAGCGAGUUCUUGAGGUUGCUGGAAAAUUUAAAGCCUUUGAUACAGCGAAGAAUCUACGCACGUUGAUAGCCUUACCAAACAUGUAUACAUGCGGAUGUAUAUCUAUGCAGGUGGUACAUGACCUAAUAAUGCGAAUGAGAUGCUUACGGGUACUAUCUUUGGCUGGUUAUCUCAUGGGUGAAGUACCAAGUUCGAUUGGUGAGUUAAUACAUCUGCGUUAUCUUAAUUUUUCCUACUCUAGGAUACGAAGUCUACCUAAUUCAGUGGGUAAUCUUUAUAAUUUACAAACGUUGAUAUUACGUGGUUGCGAUCAACUUACCGAAUUGCCUAUAGGGAUUGGAAUGUUGAAAAACCUUCGGCACCUUGAUAUUAUGGAUACGAGUCAACAACUAGAAAUGCCUUUCCAAUUAAGCAACCUCACAAAUUUGCAAGUGUUGACUAGGUUCAUUGUGAGCAAAAGUAGAGGGGUUGGAAUUGAAGAACUCAAGAAUUGUUCGAACCUCCAAGGAGUGCUUUCUAUUUCUGGGUUGCAAGAGGUAGUGGAUGUUGGAGAUGCAAGAGCUGCUAAUUUAAAAGAUAAAAAAAAAAUUGAAGAGUUGACCAUGGAGUGGAGUGAUGAUUGUUGGGAUGCACGAAACGAUAAACGUGAAUCACGUGUCUUGGAGUCCCUGCAGCCUCGUGAAAAUUUAAGAAGGCUCACAAUUGCAUUUUAUGGUGGAUCCAAAUUUCCAAGUUGGUUAGGAGAUCCCUCAUUCUCAGUAAUGGUGAAACUAACUCUCAAAAAUUGCAAAAAAUGCAUGUUAUUACCAAAUCUGGGUGGACUACCUUUGCUUGAAGUUUUGCGGAUUGGAGGCAUGAGCCAAGUUAAAAGCAUAGGUGCUGAAUUUUAUGGAGAGAGUAUGAAUCCUUUUGCAUCUUUGAAGAGGUUGAGGUUUGAGGAUAUGCCAGAAUGGGAAAAUUGGUCUCAUUCUAAUUUCAUCAAGGAAGAUGUGGGAACAUUUCCCCAUCUUGAAAAGUUUUUGAUAAGGAAAUGUCCAAAACUGAUUGGGGAAUUACCGAAAUGCCUGCAGUCCCUCCGUGAAUUAAAUUUAAAAGAAUGUGAUGAGGCAGUGUUGGGAGGUGCUCAGUUUGAUCUUCCAUCCCUCGUUACUGUAAAGCUCAUCCAGAUUUCAAGAUUGACAUGUUUGAGGACCGGAUUUACUAGAUCCUUGGUAGGCUUGCAAGAAUUGGUGAUAUACAAUUGUGAUGGGCUGACAUGUCUGUGGGAGGAGCAAUGGCAGCCUUGCAAUCUUAAAAAAUUGAGAAUACAAGAGUGUGCUAAUCUGGAGAAGCUGUCGAAUGGAUUGCAAACUCUCACACGUCUUGAAGAGUUGGUGAUAUGGAGAUGCCCCAAACUAGAGUCAUUUCCUGAUUCGGGUUUCCCACCAAUGCUAAGACGCCUUGAGUUGCUCUAUUGUGAGGGUCUAAAAUCGCUGCCUCAUAACUACAACAUGUGUCCGCUUGUAGUCUUGACGAUUGAGCGUUCUCCAUUUCUCAAAUGCUUCCCAAAUGGUGAGCUACCCACCACACUCAAGGAGCUUCACAUUGGGGAUUGUGAAAGUCUAGAGUCUCUACCAGAGGGGCUGACCUCCAGCAGCAACACUUGUUGUCUUGAAGAAUUGUGGAUAGAGAAUUGUUCCUCUCUUAAUUCCUUUCCAAUAGGGGAGUUACCCUCUACUCUCAAGAACCUUUCUAUUUCGGGAUGCACAAACUUGGAGUCCGUGUCAGAGAAAAUGUCACCCAACAGUACAGCCCUAGAGUAUUUAGGGCUUAAGGGGUAUCCAAAUCUGAAAAGCCUACUCAUAAAAGAUUGUGGAGGUCUGGAGUGCUUUCCAGAAAGAGGCUUGUCCAUCUCUAACCUCGAAUACCUUAAAAUUGAGAGAUGUGAGAAUCUUAAAUCUCUAACACAUCAGAUGAGAAACCUCAAAUCUCUGCGCAGCCUGACCAUAUCCGAAUGCCCAGGAUUGGAGUCCUUUCCGGAAGAGGGUUUGGCGGCUUUGGCCCCUAACCUAACAUCACUUGAGAUCGAUAACUGUAAGAAUCUGAAAAUGCCCAUAUCUGAGUGGGGCCUCGACACCCUGACCACUCUUUCUAAUUUGAAGAUUACGGAAAUGUUUCCAGAUAUGGUUUCCUUUUCGGUUAAAGAGAGUCGUCUUCCCAUUUCUCUCAUCGCCCUUACAAUCAAAGGAAUGGAAUCCCUAGCCUCCUUGGCUCUCCGCAACCUCAUCUCUCUUCGAUCCCUAGGAAUCUCAAAUUGCCCUAACCUCCGGUCCUUAGGGCUGCUUCCUGCAACACUUGCAGAACUUGCCAUCAUUGGUUGUCCUACCAUAGAAGAAAGAUACUUAAAGGAGGGAGGAGAAUAUUGGUCCAACGUCGCCCACGUUCCCCGCAUAUCUAAAGGAGGAGAUCUCAUUCAAGAUUGGUUGGGCCUGGAUUGAAUCUUAGAUCACUCUCCCUUCCUUAAUUUCAACUAGUACCAAGGUUGAUCCUUGAUUGUUCAGGUGUUCUUUAAUUUCUGGCAGGGGGUUUGGCCCCAUUGUUUAGUUUGGGUUCAAUUGUGGGAAGCUUGAGACGCCUCUCUAUGAGUGGCACUGGUGCACCAGGCCUUUACGGAUAAAAAAUUCAUUAUGCUUGUUCCUCUAACCUCAGGAAGAGCUGAAUGCAACACCUAGUGCUUGAAAUCCAGAAUCCUCCUUAUGUGAGACAAAAUUGCUUAAAGGAGAAAGGAGAAAGUUUGGAUCAGCAUUGCCUACAUCUCCAACAUUCAGCAACAUGACCUCAUUGGAAAUAUGAAUUUAUAUUGAAUUGUGUUAUUCCUACUCUAGAAGUUGAGAGAUAGAUCAUUCUUUCCUUCAGCCAGGAGGGAGAAAAAUAAUGCAGUGGCAGACUAAGUUCCUAACAAAAGUAUGACGUGCUUCCUGAAUAUAAGGUGGUAGGUGGUGGAAGCUUGAUGGAUUUGCCAUACAAUGACUUUUUUGCUAGUUGAUGGCAUAAAAAUGAAAGGAAUUUUGACGCUAAUGCCUCUCCAAGAAGAACUCAACUUAAGGACGUCAAUGUUGUGCUUUUACAAUUGUAGUGGCUCAAGCAAAAUCAACCGUCUUUGGUUUCGGUGCUUAGUGUAGAAUGUAAGAAAUGUGAAGUUUGUUUUCUCCUUAGACAUUAGCAGCAGAUGUUUUUGCAGGAUUUGGUUUUCUAGUAUGGUGAUUUGAACAUUUUUAUUUCCUUAAAAGUUGUAAUACCUCAAGCUUUUUGUCAUUUCUUUUUAAAAAGAAAUUUGUGAGAAUAUUGUAAUUUCCUUUUUACCAUAGUGGAUUACUUCUAUAUCGGCCCGUGGUUUUUCCCUCAUCAUUGGAGGGUUUUCCACGUAAA